AUGGCUGCUGUGCAGUGGUAAGAUGCAUCUUUCUGAUCCAAAAUCUGUUGUUGGUGUCCUUUAAAUCUUAAGAGUAUGAAAUUGAUAUUAAAUCAACAUAGCUAGAUGCAUAAAAACUAAUGAAAAUGCGUGUGGUCUGCCUGAUCUUGCUGUCAUAACUAGUCACGAGCUGUCAACCUUUUUUUUUUAUCUCGAUGUCAGCUAGUAUAACAUUCUGCAUCAAAGUACAAUCUGAAAAAGAACACACUUCUGUUACGUGCAGGAUCCUCAUAUUUUGCUAAUAUUGUGCUCUGUUUGUAUUAAUGCAGGUUUAUUACAGAGACCUGUGAGUAAAUCAAGCUGUAACAUAUGUUUUCUACGACAGGCACUCUCGUGCACGCAGGUAUGAGGCUGAACUGCAGAGCUGUGGCCUGGAGGUCGCCCCAGUGGAGUUUGGUGACUACCAUCCCCUUAAGUCCAUCACUGUGAGUAGGGCACAGUAUGUUGUUGAUGCACACCAUAUGUGCUGUAUGUAUGUUGGUGGGCAUAUGUGGCAAAGAAAUUGAUACUUAUUGUAUGUAGGCUUGAUUUCUUCACACCAUCAUCAUUAAUGCAAGAGUGUACUGUCCUACCAUAGAACAUGUUUCUAAUCACUUGAGCAUAGCGCUCUCUCUCUCUCUCUCUCUCUCUCUCUCUCUCUCUGUCUGUGUGUGUGUGUGUGUGUGUGUGUGUGUGUGUGUGUGUGUGUGUGUGUGUAUAGCUCAGUAGUAAACAACUUGUCCCCCUCCAUCCAUCCAUACAUACCACACAGGUGACAGACUCCAAGUCGCGGAGGGGAGCGCGUAAAGGCAGCACUUCCUCCUCCUCCAGCUCUGUGGCACCGGAUCCCCUGAGCUCCAUGCUGGAUGGAAUGGACCCCCUGUCCAUGUUUGCUGCAGCCUCCGCCAGCGAGCCCCCCCUAACCCUCUCACAGAGCAGCUCCACUGGGGUGAGUGAUUCACUGGGGUGUGGAUAGAAUGACAUACUCACUGAGGGACAGAUGGAGAAGGGAGGUUGAACGUGGGACAACGGUGAUGGGGGAUCUGAUAUUUCUAUUGUGUCUCAUUAUGGAGGCAUUGUCUCUUAAAAUUAUGCAACAUGCACAAUUUCCUCCUCUCUCUCAUUCUCUCGCUCUCUUUCUCUCAAUUAUUUUUUCUGCACUCUGUUCAGGACUUUGGUAGAGGGAAGAGGAAGGAGAAGGAGGAUGAGGUUGGAGUGGACUUUGAGCCGUGGUCAUCCAAACGGGGAGAAAUCCUGGCCAGGUUUACUACCACUGAGAAGCUUUCCAUUGUGAGUAAUGAUUGUGCUUUAAGAUCCCUCAAAGAGAAACAUUUCCCCUUUCCCAUCCUUGGUAAUGGGACUAAGACUGACUUUUCUCUAUUGUUUUUUGACAGAAUCUCUUCAUGGGCUCAGAUAAAGGUAAUUCUACUCCAACAUUUAUAGUCUUUGAUAUACCAGUCCCCCUAUUAUGAAAGCUUGCUCGAUUGAGUCUAGACAAAAAACCCAAACACACAUGCAUUGUUGUGUCACUUCUGUCAUUCUCAGGCAAGGCUCCCAGUCCUGCCUCCUCUGCUGUAUCGGAGAAGGUGCGAACUCGCCUAGAGGAGCUGGAUGAUCUGGAAGAGGUAAGUACAGCAGAAUGGAUCUACAGCCAGAACAUUCUCUGUUGAGUUGUGUUUUCAAGAAUGUUAGUGUUUACGUCUCUAAUGUUGUGUGUGUGUUGCUAGGGGUCUCAGCGGGAGCUGCUGAAUCUGUCCCAGCAGGACUAUGUGAACCGUAUUGAGGAGCUCAACCAGUCUCUAAAAGAGGCCUGGGCCUCCGACCAGAAGGUCAAGGCCCUCAAGAUCGUCAUCCAGGUCAGAACUGCAAUACUUAUAACAAAUCUAUUACAAUGUAAUAUAUUUACAACGUUAUUCUGAUAGGUUUUGUGUCUAUGUCAUUGUAUGUGUGCAUCCUAGUGCUCCAAGCUGCUGUCAGACACAGCUGUGAUUCAGUUCUACCCCAGCAAGUUUGUCCUCAUCACAGACAUUCUGGACACCUUUGGUAAGUACUUAGGACUGGCCUCUCACUUCACUUAAUAUCAGGGCAUUCUAUAGUAACAUAGGUCAAUUUUUCACAUUGGAUGUUGUAGUGGCUUUGAUUAUUGUCAGGAAGGGGUCACAUUGUUUUAGGUAACCAAAAUGUCUCUCUCUCUUAGGACUUCUGGUGUAUGAGAGGAUCUGGUCCAUGUGUUCUGACCCUCGCCCCCUACCAGGUAUGUCCUGUAUGUCUGUCUAUCUGUCACGUCUGUGUGUCAAACCAAGUGCUCUCCGUGGUCCUUCCUUUUUGAGUUAUUAUUUAUUCUGAUCCCUCUCCAGACUCCUUUACAGCUGAUGAAGUGCAUGACACGGCCAAGGAGACCUGCCUGAACUGGUUCUUCAAAAUCGCCUCCAUCAGAGAACUCAUCCCACGACUGUAUCCUUUAUUAUAUACAUCAACCUUCUAGUAACACACUCAGUCAUUCAUACAUACACAGAGUUACCAUAUACAGUGAGCUCCAAAAGUAUUGGGAUAGUGAAAACAUUUCUGUUGUUUUGGCUCUGUGCUCCAGCACUUUGGAUUUGAAGUGAUACAAUGACUAUGAGUUUAGAGUGCAGACUGUCAGCUUUAAUUUGAGGGUCUUUUCAUCUAUAUCGGGUGAACCGUUUAGAAAUUACAGCACUUUUUGUACAUAGUCCCCCCAUUUUAGGGGACCAAAAGUAUUGGGACAAAUUCACUUAUGUGUAUUAAAGUAGUCAACAGUUUAGUAUUCGGUCCCAUAUUCCUAGCAUGCAAUGAAUGCAUCAUGUUUGUGACUCUACAAACUUGUUGGAUGCAUUUUCUGUUUGUUUCAGAUUAUUUUGUACCCUAUAGAAAUGAAUAGUAAAUAAUGUAGUGUCAUUUUUGAGUCACAUUUAUUGUAAAUAAGAAUAUAAUAUAUUUCCAAACACUUCUACAUUAAUGUGGAUGCUACCAUGAUUACGGAUGUUUAAUGUGGAUGCUACAAUGAUUACGGAUAGUCCUGAAUUAAUCGUGAAUAAUGAUGAGUGAGAAAGUUACAGAUGCACAAAUAUACCCCCAAGACAUGUUAACCUCUCACCAUUACAAAAAAAUGUUUGGGGGGUAUGAUAUUUGUGCAUCUGUUUGUAUCAAUAACAAAACAUGUGUCACUGUCCCAAUACCUUUGGAGCUCACUGUAUAUACCUAUGUCUCUGAUCACAUGCUUACAUAGUGGUUUGAGUUGAAUCCUUGACUCCACAUACAGAUAUGUAGAGGUAGCUCUCCUGAAGUGUAACCGUUUCUUGACCAAGUGGUUAGUAUCCCUCCCAUGUUUCCCCACCUUGCUCUAGCACCACUCUCUCAUCCCUCUAGCCGUCGGUUCAAUGUUUUUGCUCCCUCUCUCUGUGUUCUCAGUGGGAUCCAGGAGACGGUGCCUCGCCUCACAGCUAUGAUCCGGGGGAUAGGGGACCCCCUGGUGGCCGUGUAUGCCCGGGCCUACCUCUGUAGGGUGAGACUGGCUUCUACUAGAACAUAUUUUCUCUCAACUCUCUCUUUGGUUGCCCUCAUUUACAGAGAUUUCAACCACCCCUUUUGGCUCAGUCAUGAGAAUGGGAUAAAUUCUCUCUUUGUCUAAUCUUCCUAUUUUCUUCCUCUACUCAUUUCCACCAAUCCCCUCUCUCUCUGCAUCCAUCUCUCUGGCCAGAUUGGGAUGGAGGUGGCUCCUCACCUGAAGGACAGCCUGAACAAGAACUUCUUUGACCUGCUGGGGACGUUCCGUCAGAUCCACGGCGACAGUGUCCAGAACCAGCUGGUCCUGCAGAGGGUGGAGAUCCCUGUCUACCUGACCCUCUACUCCCCCGCCAUCCACUGGAUCCUGCAGUGUGUCUCCUACAGAGCACCAGAGGUACACUACCACCCAGCAUAACACAUCCACAGUGGUCCAAGAAUUGAGUGAGGUUGACACAGUAACAGUUAUAUAGCUACUGUAUUGGGGACAUCCCCAUAACAGUCGCUGGCAUGUAUUUGACAUCCAUUAUUCCAAUGCAGGCCCUGCUAACAGAGAUGAUGGAGAGGUGCAAAAAGCUUGGGAAUAAGUGAGUACUCCUCUACACCAGAGGGAUUUAUUUAGAAGGCAGAUGCAGUGGGUUACUGUGUGGUGGAGCUUAGGACAGAGCACGUUACUGUAAUACAGAUACAAUUUUAUUUGUCACAUGCUUCGUAAACAGCAGGUGUAGACUAACAGUGAAAAGCUUAAUUGAGAAAUAAUACAAAAAUAUUAACACAAGGAAUAAAUACACAAUGAUUAACGAUAACUUGGCUAUAUACACGAGGUACCAGUACGUACAGAGUCGAUGUGCAGGGGUAUGAGGUAAUUGAGGUAGAUAUGUACAUAUAGGUAGGGAUAAAGUGACUAGGCAACAGGAUAGAUAAUAAACAGUAACAGCAGUGUAUGUGAUGAAUCGAAAUAGUUAGUGCAAAAAGGGUCAGUGCAGAUAGUCCGGGUAGCUAUUUGGUUAACUAUUUAACUAACUAUCUAGCAGUCUUAUGGCUUGAGGGUAGAAACUGUUCAGGGUCCUGUUGGUUCCAGACUUGGUGCAUCGGUACCGCUUGCCGUGCGGUAGCAGAGAGUAGAGUCUAUGACUUGGGUGGCUUUGACAAUGUUUAGGGCCUUCAUCUGACACCGCCUGAUAUAGAGGUCCUGGAUGGCAGGGAGCUCGGCCACAGUGAUGUACUGGGCCAUACGCACUACCCUCUGUAACACCUUGCAGUCAGACGCCAAGCAGUUGCCAUACCAAGCGGUGAUGCAGCCAGUCAAGAUGCUCUCAAUGGUGCAGCUGUAUAACGUUUUGAGGACCUGAGGGGUCAUGCCAAAUAUUUUCAGCCUCCUGAGGGGAAGAGGUGUUGUCGUGCCACGACUGUGUUGGUGUGUGUGGACCAUGAUAAUUCCUUAGUGAUGUGGAUGCCGAGGAACUUGAAGCUCUCAACCCGCUCAACUACAGUCUUGUCGAUGUGGAUGGGGGCGUUCUCAGCCUUCCAUUUCCUGUAGUCUACGAUCAUCUCAUUUGUCUUGCUGACGUUGAAAGAAAGGUUGUUGUCCUGGCACCACACUGCCUGGUCUCUGACCUCCUCCCUAUAGGCUGUCUCAUCAUCGUCGGUGAUCAGGCCAACCACCAUCGUGUUGUCAGAAAACGUAAUGAUGGUGUUGGAGUCGUGUGAGGCCAGCGCAUGGUCAGCGCAUGCUCCGAGUACGCAGCCUGGUAAUCCGUCUGGCCCCGCGGCCUUGUGAAUGUUAAUCUGUUUAAAGGUCUUACUCACAUCGGCUCCGAGGAGCGAGAUCACACAGUCAUCCGGAACAGCUGGUGCUCUCAUGCAUGGUUCAGUGUUGCUUGCCUCGAAGCGAGCAUAGACGGCAUUUAGCUCACACUUAUUAAUGAAGCCGGUGACUGAUGUGGUAAACUCCUCAAUGUUAUCGGAUGAAUCCCGAUAGAUAUUACAGUCUGUGUUCAACGAAAGAGUCCUGUAGCUUAGCAUCCGCUUCAUCGGACGACUUCCAUAUUGAGUGCGUCAUUGAUACUUCCUGUUUGAGUUUUGGAUUGUAAACAGGAAUUAGGAGGAUAGAGUUAUGGUCAGAUUUGCCAAAGGGAGGGUGAGGGAGAGCUUUGAAUGCGUUUCUGUGUGUGGAGUAAAGGUGAUCUAGAAUUUUGUCGCCUCUAGUUGCACAGGUUUCAUGCUUUCAAAAAUUUGGUAAAACAGAUUUCAGUUUACCUGCAUUAAAAUCAUCAGCCUCUAGGAGCACCACCUUUGGAUGUGCAUUUUCUUUACUUAUGGCCCUAUACAGCUCAAUGAGUGCAGUCUUAGUGCCAGCAUCGGUUUGUGGUGGUAAAUAGACAACAUUUUUGAGAAAUUAGCUUUUUGUGCAUAUGGAACAUUUCUGGGAUCUUUUAUUUCAGCUCAUGAAACAUGGGACCAACACUUUACAUGUUGUGUUUAUAUCUUUUUUCAGUAUAGGUGAAAACUCUCUUGUUAAAUAGUAUGGUCUGCAGGUAUUCUAAUUCAGGCGAGCAAAAACUUGAGACUUCCUUAACAUUAGAGAUUGUGUACCAGCUGUUGUUAACAAAGAUACACCCCCCUUAACCUUACCCGAGGCAACCGUUCGGUUUUGAAGUUUCAUAGAAAAACCAACUAGAUGUACAGGAUAUUAUAUACAGGAAGCCAAACCUGGGCAUUGAGUCUCAACUAAUGUUGAUUUCCCACAGUGCCCUGCUGCUGAACUCGGUGAUGUGGGCGUUCAGGGCGGAGUUUAUCGCGACGAGAGCCACCGACUUCAUCGGCAUGAUCAAGGACUGUGAUGAGGCAGGAUUCCCUAAGGUUAGACACAUCCACAUUCACUAUGAUCAAGGACUGUGAUGAGGCAGGAUUCCCCAAGGUUAGACACAUCCACAUUUACUAUGAUCAAGGACUGUGAUGAGGCAGGAUUCCCCAAGGUUAGACACAUCCACAUUCACUAUGAUCAAGGACUGUGAUGAGGCAGGAUUCCCCAAGGUUAGACACAUCCACAUUCACUAUGAUCAAGGACUGUGAUGAGGCAGGAUUCCCUAAGGUUAGACACAUCCACAUUCACUAUGAUCAAGGAUUGUGAUGAGGCAGGAUUCCCUAAGGUUAGACACAUCCAAACAUAGCAUUGUUGCCCCUCCCUUCUGCCUCCAAUAUAGCUUUUAUCUGUUAUCUGUGUUGUUUACUCUUCAUUCUGUCCUCCUUCAGCACCUGUUGUUUGGCUCUCUGGGCCGCAGUCUGGCCUGUGCUGACCCUCCUGAGGCAGAAAGGCUGCCCAUCCUCAACGAGGCCUGGAAGGUCAUCACCAAAGUGCGCAGUCCACAGGUACAUAACAACUAAUAACCCUCUUAGACAAUGAAGACAUGCUUGGUGGUUCACAUUAACAAAUUGUUGUAAAUGUUUCAUUAUGUUAUUCCAGGAUUACAUCAACUGUGCUGAGAUCUGGGUGGAGUUCACCUGUCGUCACUUCACUGUGAGUGUCCCAGAGAAUUACAGAGCUGCCAAUGAAAGAGUUCUAAGCACAAGGGUCUCUAAAUGAGUCAUGCUAUUUAAUCCUUAUUUUCUAUGUCUUACUCUAAGAAACGUGAGGUCAACACUGUGCUCUCUGACAUCAUCAAGCACAUGACCCCGGACCGGGCCUUUGAAGAUGCCUAUCCGCAGCUUCAGUCCGUGAUAAGGAAGAUCCUCACCUACUUUCAUGACUUCUCUGUCCUCUUCUCCAUGGUAAGACUUGGUUUGACAUUCUCCAGUCUCAAACAAUCACUUGUGUUUAUCAGUGGAUAGAUCUAACUAGUUUCUCUGUGAUUCCCCCUCAGGAGCGUUUCCUUCCUUUCAUGGACAUGUUCCAGAAGGACAGCGUCAGGGUGGAGGUGUGUCGCUCUAUCAUGGACGUCUUCAUCAAGUAUGUCUGGUUUAGCCAACACCUUUGCUGUUGUCAUGCUACGUAGCUAAUGUCUCCCAAGCUCAAUGUCUCUUCCACACUAUACAGUGAGGGAAAAAAGUAUUUGAUCCCCUGCUAAUUUUGUACGUUUGCCCACUGACAAAGACAUGAUCAGUCUAUAAUUUUAAUGGUAGGGUUAUUUGAACAGUGAGAGACAGAAUAACAACAACAAAAACCAGAAAAACGCAUGUCAAAAAUGUUAUAUAUUGAUUUGCAUUUUAAUGAGGGAAAUAAGUAUUUGACCCCCUCUCAAUCAGAAAGAUUUCUGGCUCCCAGGUGUCUUUUAUACAGGUAACGAGCUGAGAUUAGGAGCACACUCUUAAAGGGAGUGCUCCUAAUCUCAGUUUGUUACCUGUAUAAAAGACACCUGUCCACAGAAGCAAUCAAUCAAUCAGAUUCCAAACUCUCCACCAUGCCCAAGACCAAAGAGCUCUCCAAGGAUGUCAGGGACAAGAUUGUAGACCUACACAAGGCUGGAAUGGGCUACAAGACAAUCGCCAAGCAGCUUGGUGAGAAGGUGACAACAAUCACCUUCUCACCAGUCACCUUCUUAUUGGCAAAUGGAAGAAACACAAAAGAACUGUCAAUCUCCCUCGGCCUGGGGCUCCAUGCAAGAUCUCACCUCGUGGAGUUGCAAUGAUCAUGAUAACGGUGAGGAAUCAGCCCAGAACUACACGGGAGGAUCUUGUCAAUGAUCUCAAGGCAGCUGGGACCAUAGUCACCAAGAAAACAAUUGGUAACACACUACGCCGUGAAGGACUGAAAUCCUGCAGCGCCCGCAAGGUCCCCCUGCUCAAGAAAGCACAUGUACAGGGCCGUCUGAAGUUUGCCAAUGAACAUCUGAAUGAUUCAGAGGAGAACUGGGUGAAAGUGUUGUGGUCAGAUGAGACCAAAAUGGAGCUCUUUGGCAUCAACUCAACUCGCCGUGUUUGGAGGAGGAGGAAUGCUGCCUAUGACCCCAAGAACACCAUCCCCACCGUCAAACAUGGAGGUGGAAACAUUAUGCUUUGGGGGUGUUUUUCUUUCUAAGGGGAUAGGACAACUUCACCACAUCAAAGGGACGAUGGACGGGGCCAUGUACUAGGGGCCAUGUCUUGGGUGAGAACCUCCUUCCCUCAGCCAGGGCAUUGAAAAUGGGUCGUGGAUGGGUAUUCCAGCAUGACAAUGACCCAAAACACACGGCCAAGGCAACAAAGGAGUGGCUCAAGAAGAGGCACAUUAAGGUCCUGGAGUGGCCUAGCCAGUCUCCAGACCUUAAUCCCAUAGAAAAUCUGUGGAGGGAGCUGAAGGUUCGAGUUGCCAAACGUCAGCCUCGAAACCUUAAUGACUUGGAGAAGAUCUGCAAAGAGGAGUGGGACAAAAUCCCUCCUGAGAUGUGUGCAAACCUGGUGGCCAACUACAAGAAACGUCUGACCUCUGUGAUUGCCAACAAGGGUUUUGCCACCAAGAACCUAGUCAUGUUUUGCAGAGGGGUUCAAAUACUUAUUUCCCUCAUUAAAAUGCAAAUCAAUUUAUAACAUUUUUGUCAUGCGUUUUUCAGGAUUUUUUUGUUGUUAUUCUGUCUCUCACUGUUCAAAUAAACCUACCAUUAAAAUUAUAGACUGAUCAUUUCUUUGUCAGUGGGCAAAUGUACAAAAUCAGCAGGGGAUCAAAUACUUUUUUCCCUCACUGUAUGUGUGAAGUCAGUUUGCUUCUGUGUCUAUACCUAAUGUCUGUCUGUGUCUGUCUCCUCAGACACCAGCAAGAGCCCACUAGAGACCCUGUCAUCCUCAAUGCUCUACUCCACGUCUGCAAGACCAUGCACGACUCUGUCAAGUAAGUAUCCAACCGUGUGUGCGCGUGCUUGUGUGUAUGUUAUAAAUGAUCCUACUCUCUCUGUGUCCCUUAGUGCUCUGACUCUGGAGGAUGAGAAGAGAUCUCUGGCCUUAUUGAUCAAUGGCUUUAUACGCAUGGUGAGUGUCUGACAGACUACCCCACCUCUGGGUCUCCAGACACUCCUUCUCCUCCUGCAUUUCCAAGGGUGACAGAGAGUGACUCAGCCAUAUCUCCUCUCUCAUCAGAGAGAGAGAGAGAGAAAGGGAGAGACGAGGAGAGAGAUAGAGAGAGAGAGAGAGAGGGAGAGAGUCUCUGGAGAGAGAGAGAGAAGAGGAUGAUCAGAGCUAUCUUCUCCUCUCCUCUCUUUCUUUCUAUCUUUCUUUUUCUUAUUUAUUCUUCUUCUUCUUUCGUUUUCUUCUUUCUUUCUUUUUUCUAUUUCUUCCUUUCUUUCUCUUUCUUUCUUUCUUUCUUUCUUUCUUUUCUUUUUUCCGACUCUCUCUCCAGGUGUCGUUUGGCCGUGACUUUGAGCAGCAGCUGAGUUUCUGUGUGGAGGCCCGGGCCACCUUCUGUAACCUGGAGCCAGUGCUGGUGCAGCUCAUCCAUGUAAGUACAGCACAGCAGUCAGGUGACCCACCAUACCCUCAGAAGCCCUUAUCUUCAUCGUCUUAUCAUUGCAACCUCGACAUGGUUCUGCUUUGCAAUAACAAACCGACUUCUUUUGACAGUUGAAAUGAAUCUAGCUUAACCUUUUAAUCAUUUUGUCAUGGUUAUAUAUACAGUGUAUUCAGACCCCUUGACUUUUUCCACAUUUUGUUUCAUUACAGCCUUAUUCUAAAAUUGAUUACAUUGAGGAGGGAAAAAAACAAUCUACACACAAUACCCCGUAAGGACAAAGCAAAAACACAUUUUUAGACAUGUUUGCAAAUGUGUGUAUAUAUAUAUAUAUAUAGAUAUAUAUAUAUUAAGAUUUUUUUUAAAUAACAUUUACAUAAGUAUUCAGACCCUUUACUCAGUACUUUGUUGAAGCAUCUUUGACAGCGAUUACAGCCUCGAGUCUUCUUGGGUAUGACGCUACAUGCUUGGCACACCUGUAUUUGGGGAGUUUCUCCCAUUCUUCUCUGCAGAUCCUCUCAAGCUCUGUCAGGUUGGAUGGGGAGCAUCGCUGCACAGCUAUUUUCAGGUCUCUCCAGAGAUGUUCGAUCGGGUUCAAUUCCGGGCUCUGGCUGGGCCACUCAAGGACAUUCUGAGACUUGUUCCGAAGCCACUCCUGCGUUGUCUUGGCUGUGUGCUUAGGGUCGUUGUCCUGAUGGAAGGUGAACCUUCUCCCCAGACUCAGGUCCUGAGCACUCUGGAGCAGGUUUUCAUCAAGGAUCUCUCUGUACUUUGCUCCGUUCAUCUUUCCCUCGAUCCUGACUAGUCUCCUAGUCCCUGCCUCUGAAAAACAUCCCCACAGCAUGAUGCUGCCACCACCAUGCUUCACCGUAGGGAUGGUACCAGGUUUCCUCCAGACGUGACGCUUGGCAUUCAGGCAAAAGAGUUCAAUCUUUGGUUUCAUCAGCCCAGAGAAUCUUGUUUCUCAUGGUCUGAGAGUCCUUAAGAUGCUUUUUUGGCAAACUCCAAGAGGGCUGUCAGGUGCCUUUUUACUGAGGAGUGGCUUCCGUCUGGCCAUUCUACCAUAAAGACCUGAUUGGUGGAGUGCUGCAGAGAUGGUUGUCCUUCUGGAAGCUUCUCCCAUCCCCACAGAGGAACUCUAGAGCUCUGUCAGAGUGACCAUCAGGUUCUUGCUCACCUCUCUGACCAAUGCCCUUCUCCCCCGAUUGCUCAGUUUGGCCGGGUGGGCCAGCUCUAGGAAGAGUCUUGGUGGUUCCAAACUUCUUCCAUUUAAGAAUGAUGGAGGCCACUGUGUUCUUGGGAACCUUCAAUGCUGCAGACAUUGUUUGGUACCCUUCCCCAGAUCUGUGCCUUGACACAAUCCUGUCUCGGUGCUCUACGGACAAUUCCUUCAACCUCAUGGCUUGGUUUUUGCUCUGACAUGCACUGUCACUGUGGGACCUUAUAUAGACAGGUGUGUGUCUUUACAAAUCAUGUCCAAUCAAUUGAAUUUACCACAGGUGGACUCCAAUCAAGUUGUAGAAACAUCUCAAGGAUGAUCAAUGGAAACAGGAUGCACCUGAGCUCAUUUUCUAAUCUUAAAGCAAAGGGUCUGAAAGCUUAUGUAAAUAAGGUAUUUCUGUUUUUUGUUUGCUAAAAUGUCAAAAAAAACUUUUUCGCUUUGUCAUUAUGGGGUAUUGUGUGUAGAUUGAUGAUGGGAAAAAAAAACAAUUUAAUCCAUUUUAGAAUAAGGCUGCAACGUAACAAAAUGUGGAAAAAGUCAAGGGGUCUGAAUACUUUCCGAAUGCACAGUACAUACAUGUACAGAACUUUUGUCCUCUUCUCUCAGACUGUAAACCAGCUGGCCAUGGAGACAAGGCGUGUGAUGAGGGGGAGCCACUCCCGCAAGACUGCUGCUUUUGUCAGGGUUGGUCACCGUACAGCACUAUCUGUAACACCAACAUCUGUGUCCUCAAUAUGGCCACUAAUAUGUCACUAAAUCCUUGUUCUCUCUCUCAGGCAUGUGCUGCAUACAGCUUCAUCACCAUUCCCUCCCUCACCAGCAUCUUCAGCCGCCUCAACCUCUACCUGCUGUCUGGGCAGGUGGCCCUGGCCAACCAGUGUCUUUCCCAGGGUAAGUCUGAGUUUGCUCUGUUCAGAAUAGACAGACCCAGAGUCAUGAGGUUUUCACCAGUUCUGAAGUGAAUUCUCAUUCAUUGUUAUCUCUCUCUCCUAGCGGAUGCAUUCCUGAAGGCAGCGGUCAGUGUGUUGCCAGAGGUGCCACGCAGUGUCAGUAUCGAGGGAAAACUGCGCUCUUCUGAGUGCUUCCUGCUUGACUUCAUCAACAACUUCCUGUCAGCACUACUAGUUGUGCCGGUAAGGAAACAUCCCUGCUUUUCCCAUAAUGCUUGAAAUAACUAAAGAAAUAGGAAAUAUCAAGGAAGUACUUCCCGUGUGCGUGUCCAGGACCACCCAGAGGCAGGGGUGUUGUACCUGGUGCGUGGGCUGCUCAACAUGGUACAGGACUACACCUGGGAGGACAACAGUGACGCCAAGGUCCAAGUCUACAUCAGCGCCCUGCCACUACUGGCUGCCAUGAGUCAGGAGACCUACCUCUACUCCAUCCCCAAAGGUACUACCUACAAACACACACCCUCCUCUCCCCUACUAUCCAGGUUUAUGUGGCAUAUAAUAAUAUGGCUUUUAGCAGACACUUUUAUCUAAAGCGGUUUACAGUCAUGCAUGCAUACAUUUUAAGUACGGGUGGUACUGGGAAUUGAAUCCACUAUCCUGACGUUGCAAGCGUCAACUGAGCUACAGAGGACCAUAUGAUAUUGGUCUCUCAGAAUAGGCUAGAAAUAUAGAAGAGAGUGAAAUGAAAGGAUCAUUGGAGUCAAAGCCAGCUAACACACACCCUUCCUUUCUCUUUUCCAGUGGACUCUAAUGAAACACUUUAUGGAGGAGAUCCCAAGUUUGUGGCAGAGAUCAACAAGUUAUGUGAAACUCUGAUUGGACAAGUGCUGGACCAUCUCAAGAGCUUGGGUAGAGAUGAGGUAGGACACACACUAUGCCAGUGUCAGAGAAAUUCACUGUUUAUACAUAGUUUUUUGUAUUUAUCCAUAAACGUUUAACUCUCCUCUCUUAUCCUUUCCUGUCCCUUCCUCUGUUGUAGAGUGUUCGUAGACAGGGUAGUCUGGCCUUCUCCCUGUUUGGUUGCCUCCUGGCUCAUGGGGACCUACGCAAUAACAAACUCAACCAGCUGGCUGUCAACCUGUGGAAUCUGAGCCACAAACAGGGCUACUGCGACACACGCACCGCCGUGAGUAAAACACAGACAGUUUUAGGCAUGGGAGAGAUGCAGUAAAGUGAUUCUAAUCAAAUCUCUGUAUACACAACAUAUUUCCAGAAUACAGUUGUAUUUCUUAGUCGCCCUUUCUUUUUUUUCUUGACAGGUGCGGACGCUAGAGUUCAUCAAGCACCAGGCCCAGCAGCCAGACAUGGCUCACCUCUCAGACAUGCUUCAACGCCUCACACUGCAGUCCAGGACCUGA